AUACUGCCCUGCCGGUGCCUCCCUCCUUUCACACCAACACAUACACUGAGGGCCAGACCAGGCUCUGCCGCCUGCACAUCACCCUGAGCUGUUGCAGGAGCUUGCAGCAUGGAGAUCACUGAAUCCCAAAGUCAGCAGGACAGACUGCAGAUGAUAGCGGAAAAAAGACGGCGUCAGGUAGAAAUUGAAAACAAAAGGCGCCAACUAGAAGAUGAUAGAAGACAGCUACAGCAUCUCAAAUCCAAAGCUCUACGGGAACGCUGGCUUCUUGAGGGGGCUCCUGCAUCCACCCCUGAAGAAGAUGAAGCAACAAAGAAACAGAUGCAGGACGAUGAGCAGAAAACACGGGAGCUAGAAGAAAAUAUUCAGAGGCUGGAAACUGAAAUUGAGUUACUGGAGACUGGCAUGUCUAGCACAUCCACCAAAGAGAGCUUAGCCUCAGAGCCUGAGAACCAAGAAGUGUCCAGACCAGACAAGACAAUGGUGAACACUACCAGGGAUCAGACUAUUUCACAGUCCCCCGCUAAGAAAACAGAUAGUCCAGAUAUGAUGCGUGCAGCAAUGUACUCUGUGGAGAUCACAGUAGAGAAGGACAGAAUCACAGGGGAGACUAAGGUCCUCUCUAGCAACACUGUGCUCCCUCAAGAGCACCCCCUGCAGGGGGUCAAGGUGUAUGAAGAUUCACAGAAAGUUGUACAUGCAGUGAGAUCAGAGGUUGCAGCUCCUAAUGAUACAGUCCACCAACUCAGUUCUACGGAGGUGGAGGAUCUGAUCCACAAGGCAGAGGAAGCAACUCUUACUGAAGUCUCCUUGACAUCAGAUGAAAAGACCACAAUCCAAAGAGCAUCUCCUCGAAAAGAAAUCCCUGGUGUGCAGGCUCGACCUCCUGAGACUUCACCAGGCCCAGAGCAACCAGUAACCAUGAUUUUUAUGGGCUACCAGAAUGUUGAAGAUGAGAAUGAAACAAAAAAGGUGCUGGGUUUGGAAGAGGCCAUCACUGCUGAACUGGUCGUCAUUGGUGAUGGAGAUCCACAGCCAAAUGCUGAUGUAGAUGCAGAAAAGGCACAGCAUCCUCCUAAUGGUGCUCCUGUAGAUCCUCCUAACAAGAAUGAGAAGCCAGAGACCAAUGACACAGCAGCACCCAAAAGUGGAGAGCAGGAUCUAACUAUGAAGAAACAGAGGUGCAAAUGCUGUAGCGUUAUGUAAGCAGGUGACGGUAGGGAAAAGGUGUGCCUUUCCUCUAACCAUCAUACACCAUAAAGCCUGAAAUUGGAGGUUGUACUUUACCAUAAUUCCUGGAUGGAGAGCUACUACCCUGAAGCCUUUAGUUUAUAAAAGGGGUACUCUUUCUAUCCACCUCAGCCUUUCAGGAGUCCCCUCCAUGAUCCAAAACUUUAACGGUGGUCUCCUUUCUUCUAUGUAAUGCUCUGUAUGAAAUCUGAGAGGACAUUCUCUUAAUUUACAAACAAUAUGGACAAUAUCUUAUUCAUUCAAUACUGAAUUUACAAGUUCUCUUGACUAGGAAGGAGACUUCCAUUCACUUCACCUUAAUAUUGACUGAGAGGAGCAUCAUACAACAUACAAGUGUUCAUACUCCUUGGCUAUAUUUGCUCCUGAUAUUCCCUUCUGAAGAAUCUGCAGCUCUCUCUAUAUUAUGAACGCUACUGCCAUUUUGUGUUAAGUGAAAACAUCCAGUGACUUUUUUAAUAGAUGCCCCUUAUCUCCUCUACCUCCUGUGAUCACUUUUAUGACCACCAUCCUGAACUGUUGAGAGGGAAUUUAUGAUCUGUAGGUUGAACACAUAAGCAGAUGGCUGGAUUGGAUGCCGGGUACAUGCAGGAUUUUUUUGAUGAGUUUGUUACAAAAUUGGGACAUUACAGGAAACAAUGUGGUGAAAAGAAGAAAUAAGGUCAACACAGCCCGUUAGAUCCUAGUAAAUUUUGAGAAUUUCAACAGGGUUCCAAUAUAUAUUGUCCAUUACAGAUAAACAAUAGAAAAAUUAGGUAUAGUGAUUUGGUUUGCCUGUUUGAGAAUAUGGAAGACUAAAUAUAAAUUUCCCAAUACUACAUAUUUGCCAUUCUUUUUAAUAAUACCCUAAAUGUAUUAACAACUUAUAAAAAAGAAGAAAGCAGAAACCGAUUCAUAGUGAAAUUCUCUAUUCUCAAUAUCAGUGUUUAGUGCGUACAAAUUGCCUCGUGUUAGAAUCCCCGUGUGAGGUCCAACAUGUCAUUUGGAAUGUGCUCCAGUGUGUGACAACAUUAUUGCUGCCAGUAUAGUCAUUUGAAUUGUGUUUCAUUCAGAGUGAAGUCCGGAGAUGUGAUAUGAAAGUGUAGCUUUAUUUUUUUAUCCCUUAGCUAUUGUAUAUGAUUUAAUAUUUUGCGAUACAUUGUAAUCAUGUGAAUAGAGAGUUGCUGCAGGUUCUACUGAUAUCCCCUUAACCUUCAGCCUCGAACCUUUUAUCUAUGACCCUUGUAUGUUAACUGUGAAUCCUACUACCCUGGCUGACUGUGUGCCCAUAGUGCGGGACAUAAAGCUGGGUGGAGCCCAUGGGCACCAUCUGGACUUUGAAUAUAUUGGUGCCUCUGUCUCUUGCUCUGCCUGCCUGAAAAUGACCCAUAUCCAAACCUCCCUUACCUAAAUUUCAAAUGUAACACAUUAAAAACAAAUAAGUAAAUAAAAUGUGUCAUUUAAUCCCACAAUGCAAAA